AUGGCCAACGAUAAGGCUCGAGAGCGAGCAAAUCGCCCACUGAAGAUGGACGAGAAGGUGCUGCUGCUGAAGCUUACAUAUGUUGCAGAAAGCGUGAAGAAGAAGAAGCGGGAACUCAAAGAUCGAGAAGCUGCCUGCAAGAAGUUGAGGGCAGAGCUUGAACGUCGAGAGGCCGAAUGGUUGAAGUCAAAGGAAGAGCUUGAAGGUACUUUGCAACAACGCGCCGACGCAAUCGACUUGUGGCAGAGCACCAUACACCUCAAAGCUGAGCGGGCCAAUAAAGCGGACUGGUGGGAAAUCAACCAAGAACGUAGAGAGUUGUUGGAUAGCGCCGAAGGGAUCGACUUCAAGAUCGAGGAGGAUCGGCGGAUGCUUCAGACGGGCUUGUCCACUUCGAUAAGUCAUGCCGCAUCUACCGCGCAGAUUGUCAGGGAUGUUAUGGGCAAGGCCCCCACAGGCGUCUAA